UUACUUUAUGAAUCUCGAACAAACAUCACUUGACAGACCCAAAAAAAUAAAAAUGGCUAGUUUUGCAAAUUUCAAAAGUGGUCAUGUGGUGUGCGUACCUUAUCCAGCACAAGGUCACAUAAGUCCAAUGCUCAAACUAGCCAAACUUGUUCAUCACAAUGGCUUUUACAUUACUUUUGUUAACACUGAAUUUAACCACAAACGUCUUCUCCGGUCCAAUGGUCCACAGUCUCUCGAUGGAUUACCGGGCUUCCGGUUCGAGACCAUACCGGACGGCCUCCCAUCGACAGACCACGACGUUGAUGCCACACAACAUGUUCCUUCUCUUUGUGCUUCUACAUCUAAGAAUUGUCUGGUACCAUUUCGCAACCUUAUUAAUAAAAUUAACGCGGAGGGUAACGGCGUUGUUCCUCCAGUGACGUGUAUCGUGUCUGAUGUAAUUAUGAGUUUCACCUUGGAUGCUGCUGAGGAGUUGGGUAUUCCGGAGGUGUUGUUUUGGACUGCAAGUGCUUGUGGUUUCAUGUGUUAUUUGCACUAUCAUCACCUUGUUCAAAGAGGAUACAUUCCUCUCAAAGAUGAAAAUGACAUUAAAAACGGAUACUUGGAAAAGAUGAUAGAUUGGGUCCCUGGAAUAUUGAAAAACAUGAGGUUAAGAGAUUUUCCAAGUUUCAUCAGAACAACAGAUCCUAAUGAUAUUAUGCUUAAUUUCUUCAUAAAUGAAACUGAAAGAAUCUCUAAAGCCUCAGCUAUAGUCUUGAACACAUUUGAUGCCUUUGAACAUAAUGCCUUAAAUGCCCUUUUCGCCAUACAUCCUCAUAUUUACACCAUUGGUCCUUUACAGCUCAUGCUCAAUAACACAAUUGAUGAAAACCUCAAAUCAAUUGGUUCAAAUUUGUGGAAAGAAGAUUUGAGCUGCAUUGAAUGGCUUGAUACAAAAGAGUCAAAUUCAGUUGUUUAUGUGAAUUUUGGAAGUAUAACUGUGAUGAAUUUUGAUCAAUUUAUAGAAAUGGCAUGGGGACUUGCUAAUACUAAGAAGCAAUUUUUAUGGAUCAUUAGGCCUGAUUUAAUUACAGGGGACUCUGUAAAAUUGCCAGAAGAUUUUUUAAGCGAAAUUAAAGACAGAGGGAUGAUAGCCAAUUGGUGUCCUCAAGAGAAAGUGUUGAAACAUCGUGCGAUCGGAGGGUUUUUGACUCACAGUGGAUGGAAUUCAACGUUAGAGAGUGUUUGUGCAGGAGUGCCAGUGCUUUGUUGGCCGUUUUUCGCGGAGCAACAGACGAAUUGUAGGUACAGUUGUAUUGAGUGGGAGAUGGGAAUGGAGAUAGUUGAUCUGAAGAGAAAUGAAGUUGAGAUUCUUGUGAGGGAAUUGAUGGAUGGCGAAAAGGGAAAGAAGAUGAAGUUGAAAGCUAUGAAUUGGAAGGAGGAAGCAGAGAAGGCUGCUAGUCCAGGAGGUUCUUCUUGUAUUAACUUGAACAAUGUGUUAAAUGAGGUGGCAAAUGGUCGGAUUUGAUCAGACUUAAGUUUUAGUUAAACGGGUCAAGUUCAUAAAAUAUAUCACGAUCCAAGUCUAAAUUGUACUAUUCAAAAUAAUGAGCGCUGUCACAGUACGUAUGUGUAUUAAUGGACAGGUGCAUUAUUAGCUCUGA